GUUCUGUAUUGGGACUGAAGCCUCUGCCCGCCGCGGUCAGUUGAGGGGAAAACGCCAAAGAAGAUACAAAACGGACCAAAACAACUGCAGCACGCCAUUCAACUAUAGUCCUGCAUUUUUAAGCAGCAUUUUCUCACAGACCACUCUACGCUGUAACGUCGUUUUGUCCCAACAAUGGGGUUAGAUACCCCUCACUGUCUGUGGACUUGAGCAGAAGGUGCCCCGGUGGGGUAUCAGGAACAACUUCGUGUAAUAGGCUAAGUACGUUAGCCUAGUCUGUACGUUAUUUAUCUUCAGAGCCACUGCUGGAUAAAAGAGCAGUGUGGUGUGACAGGAUGUCAACCUUGCUUCAGCCUUCCCAUCUUUUUUUCUCAUUUUAGCAUGACUUACAUUGGUCUGCAAUGGUCUCUGUCAGGUUAGUCAGACUCCAGUAGUGACAAAGCAAACGGGAACUGAGGCUCGGUCAGCUUUGAAGCACCAGCACUGUCAUCGGAGCAGCCACCAUAACGACACCUGAGAUGGCCAACAGCAACGACUCCGUUCAGACAGACCCUGGCAGUUCGGUGCUGGAACAGCUGGGUUUGGACCCAAGCUCUGAUUUCUCGGACUGUGGCGUGCAGCAGCGUCUGGAGGAGCAGCGGGAGCGGAUCCGCAAAGAGAUCCGGAAAGAGUUGAAGAUAAAGGAGGGGGCGGAGAACCUGCGCCGUGCGACAACCGACAAACGCAAUGCACACCAAGUGGAGAGCCAGUUACGCUCCUCUAAACGCAGACUGGACACACUGCACACACAGCUGCAGGAGCUUGACGCUCACAUCAUGGUGAAGGGUCCUGACGAGAGCAAAGAUGACCUCCAGUCUGUGGGGACACCAGGUCGCUCUUCAGCCAACCAGGACCGAAUCACAGCUCUGCAGAGACAGCUUAAUAUUGAGCUGAAGGUCAAACAGGGGGCGGAGAACAUGAUCCCCAUCUACGCUAACGGAGCUACUAAGGACAAGAAGUUGCUGCAGACUGCGCAGCAGAUGCUUCAGGACAGCAAGACCAAGAUUGACAUCAUCCGCAUGCAGAUCCGCAAAGCUAUGCAGGCCACAGAGCACUCAGACGACUCACAGGACCUGUGUGGUGUGGAGCUGAGGAUAGAGGAGUUGUGGCAUCAUUACCGUGUUGAGCAUGCCAUGGCAGAAGGGGCCAAGAACAUGCUGAGGCUGCUGGGAGCUGGGAAGGCUCAAGAUAAGAAGGCCAUAACAGAGGCUCAGUGCAGGCUGAGUGAGGCGUCUCAGCGGUUAGAUCUGUUGAAGGAGUCUCUGGAGCAACGGUUGGUGGAGUUGCCAGAAGAUCACCCUAAAGCGUGUCUGAUUAAAGAGGAGCUGAUUUUAGCCUCCUCUUCAGCGUUCAGUGCACACCAUGGCUCCCCAUACGUCCAUAACCAGUACAGCACCCUCAGCAAACCAUCCCCCCUCACAGGGACUCUGCAGGUGCGCUUGUUGGGCUGUGUUGGUCUGUUAGAGGUCGUUCCUGGCCGCAGUAGAAGCUCCGCUGUGGUUUUACCCAGCUUCAGCCCUGGAGACGGACGGCCCUUUAAACUUGGCCUGUACAGCCGCAACAGCAGCCUCAGCCUCAAAACACCCAGUAAAACAGAUGAGCUAUCCUCUGAGGUCAGUGCUGUGUUAAAGCUGGAGAAUACGGUGGUUGGUCAGACGAAUUGGAGGACAGUAGGAGAACAGGCGUGGGACCAGAGCUUUACUUUAGAACUGGAGAGGUCCAGAGAGAUGGAGAUAGCUGUUUACUGGAGGGAUUAUCGCUCUCUCUGCGGUCUAAAGUACCUCAAACUAGAGGAUUUCCUGGACAACCAGAGACACAGAAUACAGCUGGAGUUAGAACCACAGGGCCUACUGCUCGCUGAGGUGACAUUCUUUAACCCGGUAAUAGAGAGAGGUCCACGAUUGCAGCGGCAAAGGAAGGUUUUCUCCAAACAACAGGGUAAAGCGUUUUUGCGAGCUAAACAGAUGGAUGUGGACAUCGCCACCUGGGUCCGACUGCUAAAGAAUAUGAUCCCGUCCAGCACCUCGACUAACAGCUACUCACACAACUCACACACACACAGUACAGGAGUGAUCUCAGUGGAGAAGCUGACCCUGGACAGUGAAUCUCCUCCACGAUCAGAGAGCCGCAGAGACGGUACAGACGCAGCACUGCAGGUUAUAGAGCCAUUCUCUCCUCCUGAUUUGGCUCCAGAACGACAGGUCAGCAGGGUCAGUUCCCACAAUUCCCAGCGCAGGCAGAGCAAAGGUCCGCUUUGUUUACAGGAUUUUCGACUCAUCGCUGUGUUAGGAAGAGGACAUUUUGGCAAGGUGUUAUUGUCGGAGCACAAGCGCUCUGGCAGUCUGUACGCCAUCAAAGCACUGAAGAAAGGAGACAUUAUAGCCCGAGAUGAAGUAGAGAGUCUGAUGUGUGAGAAGCGGAUCUUUGAGACAGUGAACAGUUCUCAUCACCCGUUCCUGGUGAACCUGUUUGGGUGUUUUCAGACGGAGGAGCAUGUUUGUUUUGUUAUGGAGUACACGGCUGGAGGAGACCUGAUGAUGCACAUCCACGCUGACGUCUUCUCUGAGCCACGCUCUGUGUUUUAUGCUGCUUGUGUGGUUCUGGGCCUACAGUUCCUUCAUGACAAUAAGAUUGUGUACAGGGAUCUGAAGCUGGAUAACUUGCUGCUGGACACUGAGGGCUUCGUGAAGAUUGCUGACUUCGGUCUUUGCAAAGAAGGGAUGGGUUAUGGGGACAGGACGAGUACGUUCUGUGGUACUCCUGAGUUUUUGGCUCCAGAGGUUUUGACUGAUUCUUCCUACACUCGAGCUGUGGACUGGUGGGGGCUCGGGGUGCUCAUAUAUGAAAUGCUGGUCGGAGAGUCCCCUUUCCCAGGUGAUGAUGAGGAGGAGGUGUUUGACAGCAUUGUAAAUGAUGAAGUACGUUACCCACGAUUCCUUUCUACAGAGGCCAUCAGCCUAAUGAGACGGUUGCUCAGACGGAACCCUGAGAGGAGGUUGGGCUCCACUGAAAGAGACGCAGAGGAUGUGAAGAAACAGCCUUUCUUUAGGAAUAUAGAAUGGGAGGCUCUCCUGCAGAGGAAAGUGAUGCCUCCCUUCGUGCCCUCUGUAGGAGAUAAGGAAGACGUCAGUAAUUUUGACGCUGAAUUUACCACGGAGGCUCCCGCUCUGACUCCGCCACGCGAGCGUCGGACACUUUCCCGCAAAGACCAGGACUGGUUCAGAGACUUCGACUAUGUCUCUGACCUCUGCUAGAUGAAAAGGAAACAAGUAUUUUGCAGAUUAGAACUCAAAAUUAUGCUGAUACUGUGAUUCAGAGACUUGGGCUGUGUUCCAGUCUCUGUCAAAAGCCCUACAGAUGCUCCCUUCAGUCUGCUCCACCGAUACAAGGCUGAGGAGCCAGGGAGAGCUGGGUUUGAUUUCAGUUUGGACAUUGUUGCUCCCAGAUAAUGCUGUUUAUCCUCAGGUUUAGAACUAUGAAGGACACUGGAAGUUAGAGGGCCCCAUUUAAGAAGAUGAAAGAGAGGACACUCGCCUAUUACUCACACUGAGAGGACAUGAGAGGACAAGAGUGCUUGCUUGCACAUAUUUUGAAGAUCCAAGACCGUUGUGUAAUCUGGACUAUGAAUAAAGGGCUGAGAAAUAAAUAAAUAAAUGGGCUUUAAUAAUCCAGUUAUAUGAAGCUCAGUGGAAGAAGCUCGAGUUCAGGAACAAAUGGGUUCCUCCAGGAUUUUAAGAGCAGUUCAGUAGUAGCAUCAUAUACCUGCACUGUGACACCUAACGUUUGUGAACUUAGUAAAAAUUAAGGGCUGGGCGAUAUGGCAGAAAUGCAACAUCAUGAUACUUGAAGACACGAUAUCAUAACAUUUCAUUCUUCUGAAGUUUGAUAAGUUGGAACAGACAAAAUGCACCAGUAGUGCCACAUUGAAUAUCAAGCUAUCAAAAGUAUGGGAAUGUUUUUUAAAAUGAACUUUUUUUACUUUAGCGUAGAGGUGCACAUCUCCAGUCCUGGAGGGCUAGUGCCCAGCACAUUUUGGGGUUUUCCCUGCUCAAACACAACUGAUUCAACUCCAGGGUGUGUUUGAGCAGGGGAACUACAAGACCAUGCUGGACACUGGCCCUCCAGGACCAGAGUUGUGCACCCAUGCUUUAGUGCAUCAUCAGGACUCAAACUCACUGUCUCUCAACAAGAGGGUAGUCCUGCCAGCUUGGAGCCUCUUUUAAACCUCUUGUUAAUUAAACAUGCACUCGUUCAGUGUUCUAGAAUUACUACCGAUAACCAUGAUAUACUCAGAAACGUGCAUUGUGACAUAGAGUACUGUACUAAAGUCAAAGGCCUCCCUUCGUUUAGGUAAUUUUAAGUCAAAACACCCAUGAAGUUAUUAAUUUUCAGAAGAUAUUUCGGAAAGGAUCUGAUUUAAGACCCCUUGUUUUCGAGCGUCACCUUGCCCCUUGGAACUGAGUUACAAGGGUUAGUGGUUGAAAUCUUUCCCUACGAAAAGGAAACACUUUUUUCAUUGGUCACUUGCUCAGCCAUCUUGGUUUUUUUCUUUUUUUCUCAUGACACUCCAUUUGGUGUGCGCCUCAGAAAAACCUCCAUUUACAGAGCUAUGUGUCCCCAACACAUCACCCUACCCCUCUAUCUCAACAAAAAGCAGGACACCCUACCCCUACAUGUGAACGCGCAAAGGGUAGGGGCAAGGGCUGAAAUAGGAUUGGGCCUUGGUUGUUGAGGCUUCUGUGUAAUUAUUUUAAAUUAUGUUUUCUUUUUUUCUGCUGCUGAAAAAUAAAUAGCUUACCCAUUUUGACUGGAAAAGUAAAUCAGUGAAAGGUGGUCUUUGACUUUUUCACAGUGCUGUAGUUUAUUGUAGUAACGAUGCCAUUUCAUCAUAUCGUCCACCCCUUUUAAAAUGUGUCACCAAAUCCCCUUUUAGAAUCCAGCUUGUCUUUCCUCUCUUUCUUGUCCUCCCUCUCAAACAUCUCUUCUUUCUCCACCUCCUGUGUCCUGUUCACUUUGCUCUGGAACUGAAUGUCUAUUUGAACCCAGGUUGUUUGCUGACUGAUGUGAUACACAACUAUGACCACAAGAGGGAGCCAGAAUAUGUGUUGUGUCUUAAAAACUGAAGGAGAUUGUAUGUGUGUGUGAGGCUUUGUACUUUGAGAGUCUUUUUUUUUCUUUGCCCCCUGCUCUGUGUAAAAACAAUGUUUUAUGUGAGUUUAGUUUUGUGGAGUUUCAACUGUGAGUUGUGAUGUCAUGCAGUGUCUGGGUCUAAAAAUAUAAAUGUAUUUAAACCUUU